UGAAAACUGCAACUCAAACGCUCGUCCUCUGCUGUUGUCAUUCUUCCACACAAAUAGACAACCAUAAACCGAGGAUUAAGGCUUUUAUAAGCCUGGGAAUUCUCCUCAAGUUCUGAUUCAAUAGCUGGGAUGCAUAAUUUCCCUCUAAAUUUUAGCUUGUUUAAUGGCAGGUAUUGGAAAUUUCACAGUAAAAAGGAAGAUAUAUUUAUUAGACAUAGAAGUGAAUUAAGCAUCCGGCGAAGAUUAUUUACGAGGUCGUAAGAAUCUGCAAGGGAGGCUUAUUUUUUAUUUAUUUAUUAUUUUUUUUUUUUUACAUUUGAAGGUAAUAGAGAGCCGUUUGUUCUCGAAAUUGAGAGAUUUUUAAAGGGGCUUCUGUAGGAGACAUCGAGGUUAGUGGUUAUUCGGUUAUAACCCAGUAUUGGCUAGUUGUUUAUUAUAUAUACGUUUAUUCUCCAAACUAACGUGCUAAACAUUGUUUUGGUUUGGUGUAACGGCAGAAUAACUGGCCGAUGGUUGUUUAUCUAAGAGACUGACAUCUAGUGCCGGUAAAGAGUCACUGCAGUUCUGUCAAUAUAUAUAUAUAUAUAUAUAUAUAUAUAAUAAAGUUGAAUAAGCCAUGAAGCUCCUGGAAAACUCAAGUUUUGAGGCCAUAAAUAGUCUGCUCACAAUUGAAACGGGAGACUGUAAGAUAAUUGGACGUAUUGAGAGCUACUCCUGUAAGAUGGCAGGUGAUGACAAGCAAAUGUUUAAGCAGUUUUGUCAGGAAGGGCAGCCGCACGUGCUGGAGGCUCUGUCUCCUCCGCAGAGCUCAGGAAUCAGCCCCAACAAACUGAGUCAGAGUUUGGAUGAUGGGGAGGGUCCGCUCUCUGACAAGUGCAGCAGAAAGACGCUCUUUUACUUGAUCGCCACUCUCAAUGAAUCCUUCCGGCCGGACUACGACUUCAGUCGCACCAAAGGCCACGAUUUCAGCAAGGAGCCCAGUGUUAAUUGGGUGUUUAAUGCAGUGAACAGCAGUUUGUCUGCUGCUGCUGGUGAGGCCUACAGUCACCUACAGCCUCAGUUAUGGGAGGCCCUAGACAAGGAGAUCAGUCUUGCUGAAUGUGACAUAUACAGCUACAAUCCAGACCUGGAUUCAGACCCUUAUGGGGAAGAAGGCAACCUGUGGUCCUUCAACUACUUCUUUUAUAACAAAAGACUGAAGAGGAUUGUGUUCUUUACAUGCCGUUCUGUCAGUCUUUUCAUGGCUCCACGAGACUCUGGCAUCAGCACUGAACUGGAUCUAGAGUUGGAUGAGGGCAGCUAUGAGGAAGAGGAAGAGGGCAACAUGGAUGAAGAGAGGUAUGGUGCACUGUGUGCCUGAUGAAGCCCUCGUCCCUGUCAUCUGAAGCCAGCAUCUCUUGCCUGCGUUUUAAUGCCUGUUAUCCUUUUCUGUUUCUUGUGUGUUCAUUUUAUAUACUGUUGGUCAUUUCUUAGAAAUGGAGAGGUGUUGUAAUCCAGAGAUGUUCAAGUGCUAUUAAUUGCUUAAUUUAAUAGCACUUGAUAAUUAAUUAUCAAGUCCUAUAAUUAAAUAAUUUUAUUUUUUCAUUUCCAAAGAGGUCAUUUUUCGUUGUAUCCGAGUGCAAGUUACCCAAACCUCAUUUAUGAAUUCAUGUUCAUUAUUUCCACUCGUUUUUAUGGCUCCAUGAACUUCACAGCAGUAUUUCCACUAGGUGGCAUCCUUCAACAUCUUUGUCACCUGUCUCUGGUCAUUUUUGACUGCUUAUUUUACUGCUUGACCUUUUUGAGACGUCAUAGUUAACAUUUAAAUUUGAGUUUCCAUAUUUGUUAGGCCUACACAUGCUCAUAACUCAUAUUUCUGUUAUUAUAUCAGCAUCACAUUUUCCCAAUUUUUUUUCUCUAAUGAUUAUAAUAGAAGUUAAUAGAUGAGUGUAAUUUUUUUUUAGGACUUGAUACAUUUUCCUGCAACUUUCUUGCCUCAGGAAAAAUGAUAUUUAAAUAGAUAUCAGCGUAAGCGUCACCUGGUAGAUUUAUUGGUGUCUUGACCUACAAGUCAACUUCCGUUUUUAGUUGCGCCCCCAAUGCUAAUAAAAAUGUGAAAGGAAAACCACGAUGGGUCUGUAAAGUUUAGUUUUUCUAAAGCUUUUAUUUGUUGUUACUGUUUCUAAGUUGGAUUUUGUAACAUUUGUGAGGUGUACUUCGGCUUUCUUCCAUGAAAACCUGUUUGUGGUGACUUGUUUUCAUUGUCUGACAACACAUUUGACUAAAAUUACUCUUUAUAUUCUUUGCUGAUGUGUUUUUAGCUGUAGAUCUAACAUGGUUCUGUGGAAGGAUAUUGAUAUCCAUAAACUUUGAUUGGGUGUCAGAGGCUGUUACUGAAUUUUAUUGUCCCAUUUGACAUCGUAUUGCUUGAUAUUGAAAGAAUUUGAUCAGAUUUAGUGCUGUUGCUUAGUCUUUCUACUCUGGCUUGAAUUGCACUUACUCAUGAUGACCGCUAUAGAUCAUAUUGUCCACUGUUAUGUGUUGGAGGGCCUCUUGAAGAUCUGGCCAUAUGUGAAGUCGCAAUCUUCAUUUCUUUUCUGUUUUAGAUUUGAUUCUGACCUAUCUAUGUUUGUAAUUUCGAGCACUUUUAUGUAUUACAGAGUUGCACCAGUAUAAGAAAAGGAUAUGAGCAGAGAAAUGUAAGAUCACUUUUGGUGUUCACUUCAUAGAUUAUUUCUACAAAUGUUUUUGGAGUAAUAGUCCUACAAAAACAAGGAUGAGCACCAUUGGAUGCAGAUUUAUGCAUUAAUGAUACAUUAACAUUUACUUCUUGGCAGCUUAACAUAUUUUUAUGAAUAUCCUUUUAAAGAGCAUAUUUGUUAUUUUCAAAAUGCUGUGUCAAAAUAAAUAUCUACUGAUUUAAUGUGCACUGAUUGCGAUUUUUACUUCAGAAAAACCUUGCUGGGAUUAAUACGUACUGCUGUUGUGAGAUUUUUGUGCUGAAUGCGAAUAUUUUAAUAUUAUUAAGCAGGUCACAUCUGAUAAUGAAUCAUUAAUAAGCAACAAUGGAGUCUUGAUUUUUCAUUUUAUUUGUACUGGCAACAACAAAAUACUUGUUUGUAGGUACAUCACCCCUUGAAACAACAACAAAUGUAGUGUCCACUUCUCACUAGUAACAAAAAGAUAUCUACAAAAGGACAAGUACUUUAACAAACAAAGGGUCAAAGCAUUGCAUGCAGGCAUCACAAACGAUAACGUAUGUAAAGCCUUUGUUUCACUCAACAGGCACACCUCUAAACCAUUAUAUGGACGUUUCCUGUAGCGCAUGAUGUGCCCCACAUCCCUUCAGGGGUAAACCUGCUCUGCAGCACAAAUACAUAGUUUAACAGACGGAAAGACAUUUACAAAAGAGAAUCGCAGAAAACACAGAAUCCUUUUGAAUUCUUAACAUGAAAAGGAAAUAUGAGCACUUGUGCUGACCCGCUGCAGAUACACACGCUCGGACUGGUGGGGGGGAACUCAAAUCUUUGGUACUUUAACAAGUCCAACAA